AUUUAACUGUCAAUGUCAAAUCUGUUUUCAUAGUUGUCGUGAGUCAGAAUUAUACGUCAAACGAAAUCGAUUAUCUGAUAUUUGAUUAAGUUUAGCUAGGAUCUGCAACGAAUAUUCGUAACAAAGCGAUUUAAAGGGUGCGACACCAUGGAAAGUUUCUCUUCUUAUCAUAAUGGGGGGCAGAACAGAGAGCAGGAUUUUCAAAAACUCGCCCAAACGAUUGGUUCUAGUAUACAAAAGAUAUCACAGAAUGUUUCAUCCAUGCAAAGAAUGGUAAAUCAAAUAGGAACACCGCAAGAUUCGCCCGAAUUAAAAAAACAAUUACAUUCCAUCCAGCAUUACACCCAACAACUCGUCAAAGAUACUUAUGGAUACAUUAAAGAUCUUAAUGCUUUACCGUCUACUCAAUCGGAAAUGAGACAACGGAAAAUGCAAAAAGAACGGUUACAGGAUGAAUAUACGUCAACUUUGAACAUUUUUCAAAUGGUUCAGAGAAGUGCUGCCCAAAAAGAACGAGAUCAAGUUAAACAGAUGAAAAAUCAAGCGUAUUAUGAAUCACAUUCUGGUCAUAAAAAGGAUCAAUUGAUUGAGUUACAAGAUAAUGUAGCAACAAAACAACAACAACAACAAAUUAUGCAGGAAGAAAUCGAUUUGAGGGCUAUGCAAGAACAAGAACAAUCUAUGCAACGAAUAGAGAGGGAUAUAAACGAUGUAAAUCAAAUAUUUAAAGAAUUAGGGGCGCUAGUUCAUCAACAAGGCGAAUUAAUUGAUAGUAUAGAGGCUAGUGUUGAACGCACGGAAAGUUAUGUUCAGCAAGGAGCGCAACAACUUCAAUCAGCGAGUGUUUAUAAAAAUAAAAUUCGAAAGAAGAAGGUCUUUUUUGGUUUAAUCGGGGCGGUUAUUUUAAUUGUGAUUAUUAUUAUUAUAAUUUGGCAAACAAACUGAACGAAAAAGAAAUUUCUAAAAAAACAAAAUGAAUGGUUUUUGGGAAAAUAUUAAAAAUUGUAUACUGAAUAGUAAUUGAUAACAAAAAACUAAUGUAAACAGUUUUCAUUUUAAUUGAUAUUGUUAAUAUUUUUAUUUUGUAUGUUUAAUUCGCUUUAUAGUAAGAAAAAACCUUGUAUUAUUCUUAUUCAUUUUAACCCUUCUGGAAAAACAAAAAAGAUUGUUAUGUUAUAAAUAUGUAUAGUUCAUAAGUUA